AUGGAAAGCGGCCUGGUCCACACUAGUCUGCACUGGUCCACACUGCCAGGCCAGAUAAAAGUGUCAGUGAAGGAGGCGCAGAAUACUGUAAAGUCAAAAAUCAAGAUGGUAGCACAGGAGACAGAAGCCGAAUUUGAUGUUCGUCUGGUCGGCGGUAUUUCCGAUGCACAAGGCCGACUGGAGGUGUUUAUCAAUGGAAGCUGGGGCAGUUGCGACGAUCGUUUCAACGAAAAUGACGCCAAAGUUGUCUGUCGUCAGCUUGGAUUUAAUACGAGCAACUACCCCAUUGUGAGGUACCAUGCCUACUACGGAGAAGGUCAAGACCCUAUCUGGCUGGACAACGUUGAGUGCAAAGGUUGUGAAAGCAAUUUGUCGCAGUGUGCGCAUAGGGGUACCCACAACUGUGACCAUGGCGAGGACGUUGGGGUGGAAUGUGAGCCGCCACCCACUGUUCCAGUUGUUCCUGACAUUAAAGUGCGCCUUGUGAACGGAGGAGCCCCUUUCCGAGGUAGAAUAGAGCUGUACUGGAAUGGACAGUGGCAGACAAUGUGCGACGAAUGUCUUACUGAGAACAUUGCCCGGGUAAUUUGCACGUCUGUUGGAUUCAAAAGUUCUUCACCAGCCAUUCUACGCUCAGCAUACUUUGGAAGAGGAAGUGGUAGGAUGUUCCAGGACGAUCUGUACUGCCUAGGUUCCGAGACUAAUCUGGGACAAUGCAGCAAUUUUGGCCGGGGUGACCAUGACCACAGUCAGGAUGCAAGCCUUGACUGCCUGCCCUCCCCUUCGCCAAGCACCAAUCGACGUGAUGAAUUCCGUGUCCGUCUGGAGGGACGACAUUCUUGGGAAGGCAGACUGGAGGUGGAGAUAUCCGGCCAGUGGGGAACUGUGUGCGACGAUGGCUUCACCAAGGAGGACGCUAUUGUCGCCUGUCGGUCUCUUGGCUUCAGCAGCAGUGAUCCUGAAGUGCGACUAGGAGCCUAUUACGGAGAAGCUACAGGCCCCAUCCUGAUGGACAACGUGAAUUGCAUUGGAAACGAAAGCAACUUGGCGGAGUGUUCGUAUAAGGAUGGCCACAACUGCGACCACAGCGAGGAUGUCGUCGUGGACUGCAUGCCUUCGUUUGGUCAAACAGUGCGCACGGAUUUCCGUAUCCGUCUGAAGGGAGGAAAUUCUUCUUGGGAAGGCAGACUGGAGGUGGAGAGAUCCGGGAGUGGGGAACAGUGUGCGACGAUGGGUUCACCAAGGUGGACGCUAUUGUCGUCUGUCGGUCUCUUGGCUUCAACAGGUUGCAGUGAUCCUGUAGUGAGAUCAGGAGCCUAUUACGGAGAAGCUACAGGCCCCAUCCUGAUGGACAACGUGAACUGCAUUGGAAACGAAAGCAACUUGGAGGAGUGUUCGUAUAGUGAUGGCCACAACUGCGACCACAGCGAGGAUGUCGUCGUGGACUGCAUGCCUUCGUUUGGUCCAACACCACGCACGGAUUUCCGUGUCCGUCUGAAGGGACGACAUUCUUGGGAAGGCAGACUGGAGGUGGAGAUAUCCGGCCAGUGGGGAACUGUGUGCGACGAUGGUUUCACCAAGGUGGACGCUAUUGUCGCCUGUCGGUCUCUUGGCUUCGACAGCAGUGAUCCUGUAGUGCGACUAGGAGCCUAUUUCGGAGAAGCUACAGGCCCCAUCCUGAUGGACAACGUGAAUUGCAUUGGAAACGAAAGCAACCUGGCGGAGUGUUCGUAUAAGGAUGGUCACAACUGCGACCACAGCGAGGAUGUCGUCGUGGACUGCAUGCCUUCGUUUGGUCAAACAGUGCGCACGGAUUUCCGUGUUCGUCUAAAUGGAGGAAAUUCUUCUUGGGAAGGCAGACUGGAGGUAGGAGAUCCGGCCAGUGGGGAACUGUGUGCGACGAUGGGUUCACCAAGGUGGACGCUAUUGUCGUCUGUCGGUCUCUUGGCUUCAACAGGUUGCUGUGAUCCUGUAGUGAGAUCAGGAGCCUAUUACGGAGAAGCUACAGGCCCCAUCCUGAUGGACAACGUGAACUGCAUUGGAAACGAAAGCAACCUGGAGGAGUGUUCGUAUAGGGAUGGCCACAACUGCGACCACAGCGAGGAUGUCGUCGUGGACUGCAUGCCUUCGUUUGGUCAAACAGCACGCUCGUGUUCCCGUGUCCGUUUGCAAGGAGGAAAUUCUUCUUAUGAAGGCAGACUGGAGGUGGAGAUAUCCGGCCAGUGGGGAACUGUGUGCGACGAUGGUUUCACUAAGGUGGACGCUAUUGUCGCCUGUCGGUCUCUCGCUUCAGCAGCAGUGAUCCUGUAGUGCGACCAGAGUCUAUUACGGAGAAGUUACACUCCCCAUCCUGAUGGACAACGUGAAUUGCAUUGGAAACGAAAGCAACCUGCAGGAGUGUUCGUAUAAGGAUGGCCACAACUGCGACCACGGCGAGGACGUCGG